AUGGAAAACAAGGGCUACGAGUCGAUAAAAACUGACGAUAAAGACUUGGAAAACAAUGGCCGGCAUCCUGCUAAUUCAGCAAAUUUUCUUUCACUUUUGACCUGCUGGUGGAUGAAUGGCAUAUUCAGAACAGGAAACAAACGCCCAUUAGAACAGUCUGAUUUCUUACCACUUAACGAAGAAGACAAAACAAAAGUUCAAACAGAAAAACUUCAAGAGCAAUGGGAUGAGCAUGUACGCGAAUGUAGUAUCGCCCCUCAUAAAGAGCCAAAGCUUUGGAAAUGUGUUCUAAGGAUUUUAUCCUUUAAAGAGGUUUUAUUUUUGCUAAGUUUCUGGUUUAUAGAGUCAGUCUUCCGUGUUACGCUUCCUCUGGCUCUUGGCCUUCUCCUUGCAUUGUUGCAGUCUACAGAAAGGAAUCAGCCUCUUGUGGCUGGUUGCUGUUUCUUUAUUGGAAUAGCAGGAGUAUUAUCCGCUACCACCCAUUACUCUGGUUUUAGAUGUGAUCUUCUGGGCAUGCGCUUGAGUAAUGGUCUCAAAGGGAUUGUCUAUCGCAAGGUAAAGGACCUCUGAUGGAUUUUUUUAUUGUUGCUGUAUUGUUAUUGUUGUUUACCUUUUUGCUGUUACAAUAACCAGAAUCUUAAGUUCGUUCGCGAUGGAGCGGUUUUCGUUUGAGCCACUAAAACUGAUUACGGGAGGAAAACUGAAACAGAUAGCGAACGAGAAUAUAAGAACUUGAUUAGUCGAGUGAGCAGACUCAGGCUAUGUUUACACUAUAUCGCACUGUGCUUACACGAUUUCGGUUUUCAAAAACGUUCGCAAGCCUUGAUUGUGACGUUAAGUCGAACCGUGUCGAAUGAUGCUUAGUACACCAAAAAGAACUGAGGCAGAGAAACCUAAACAUUCCCCAGUAAAGCCAACCGACGCAAAGGAGACAAAAAACAAAGAAAGAACAAGAAAAUAAACAAAAAUUAAAAAAAAAAAGUAAUUACAAAUGAUCUGUUUACUAUGAAAUUCUCCUGUCAUUUGAGCGAGGUUAUGUUAAAAACAAUAUGGAAAGAAAAACUAUCACCUUGGUAUGCUAUGACACGCUCAUUACGUUUUAAGUUUCACUCAGUCUCACAGGUUGCAUUUAUUUUUAAAAAGCUUAGAUGUUUUGAACCGCUCUUAUGGAAAAGAAAAUGUGCUUAAUAUUAAGAACUGACAGCCGGGUUUGCUGACAAGAUGACUUUUAAUUUUUUUGCAGAUUCAUUUACUAACCCAGCAAAGUCUCCUGAAAGCAACAACCGGCAACCUUAUUGACCUCAUAUCAAACGACGUCCAAAGAAUCGAGCUGACCAGCAGAUGGAUUUUUGCCUCGUUCUUCUUUGCUUUAGAAUUUACAGUUGUCAUUGUUUCGUUGCUGCACCUCAUUGGCUGGCCAGCAUUGAUGGGAGUUCUGUUUCUAGUGGCGAUGAUUCUUUGUGUCUUGAUAAUCUCAUAUAUAUGUGCUGGGCUGCGCGUGGAAACUGCGGAGGUAUCGGACAGGCGCCUUUUAUUAAUGAAUGAGCUCGUGACUGGUAUACGUGCUCUAAAAACGCAUGCGUGGGAAGAAUACUAUCAAGAAAAAGUGAAGGCUACGAGAAGGUGAGAAUAGUUACGCUAUGUUUACAUUAUACCGGAUACCGGAUUGCUCUUCGUGCCGAAACAAAGAGCAAUCCAGUAUAUAGUAUGAACAGCAACGGCAUGGAACUGGAACAAGUCGUUCACACACGUUGAACAUCGUGCAGGAGCGGCUUGCCAGGAUAGUUUGGUAGACUAAAUCCCAGAUCUGACUCUUGCAGAGCAUUUACUUCUGUUUCAGUGGGUUCUACUCUUCUGCCAUAGUUAUUCACUACCGCGACGGUCCAAAUAUUAGGUGGUAAUACUGCACCAAAGUAUGGCACAAAACCUUUGUGUUAUUAUGUGACACGCCAUUUUAGAGAUCGGCGCGGCACAGCUUCGAUCCGUCACAGAAAUCGCGCCGAAAUCAUCACCGCUCUUGUGUGUGAACUGAGAAACUCUAUACAGUGUGAUUUUCGUGCGGGGGGGGGGGGGGGGGGGGGGGGAAAAAAAUUUACAUGAAGAUAAAGAAAAAGCCCAAAACCCCACCCAUGGCUUCCCAACGUGUUCUUUUUUUCCCUCCCCCCCCCCCCUCUCCCGCGGCGGGGGGGGGGGGGGGGCGGGGGGCGGUGGUGGGGGGUGGUGGGGGGGGGCGGGGCGGGGGGGGGGGCGGGGGGGGGGGGGGGGGCGAAAAAAUUAUCCAGUAUAGUAUGAACAUAGCCUUAAUCCAACCGUACAGUUCGUUCCAAGGGUCUUCUCUUACUUGCCAUCCCUCUCUUGCUCCGGCGGACGAGUAGGAGGGGACGCUGGGAACGAGGUUACCCACACCGAAUAGCAACAAGCAAACUUUUCAGAUUGAAUUAUCUACAUGGAUGCUUUUUUAUGUUAAAUACAGUCAGAAAAGCCAAUGACUAUUCCAAUGUACAUAUCUAUUCAGACGUUGGAUUCUGCGAAUUAUCACUGCUUAGCUUAACUCUUUUAAUCGUUGUUUGUCAACGUUAAAGCACCUCCCUUUGUUUAGAAAAUCACUUGGCGCCUUUUGAAUCACGUUCUUGACAUCUAGUUCAGCUAUCUUGUCCUUUAAGCAUUAGCAAAAACUCACAAGGGGUUGAAAUGUCUAACCCGCGUUCAUUGCUCGUGAAUAUUCACUUUUACCAUAUUUGGAAACCUUAGUGAAGGAUACCCAUUUUCAACAAAAUGGCUGCCUCGCGAUCACUAUGCGGCGGUUUUAAGACCAGUUCUGCAUUUCAAGGUUAAAAAUACACCGUUAAAAGACAAAAACUGGAAAGAGGAAGUUCAAAUGCCGUGAGAAUGCUCAAUUUUUUGGGGGAGGUAGGAAGCUUUUCAUCAAGAAAUCGUCCUUCGAGGAAUUCAACCUGGUUUUUUUCACGGCGGAGCGCAUGGUCUGUUUUGAAAUGCAACCAUUUUGCUAAAAUUUUCAGGUACAUUUUGGACUCUAUGGACAAGAAAAUUACGUUUUUGGUGGGGAAUUUUAGUAUGAAUUUUUAAAUGUCUCACAGACGUUUUAUACAUUUUUCUCUUCUGCGCUAAAGAAAGAAAUCACAAAAUGCGCCUCUAUUUGAAAUGGAUUUUGUGUUGAGUUUUGCCAUGUGCUCAGCCGAUUUUACUUACGUGAACGGAUCCACGAUCCGGAUAAUGUUAUGCGAAUUUCUUUAAAGGAUUUGAAUAAAAAUUUUCAAGAAACGGCUUCAAUGUCUAUUAUUUUGAGCUUUUUCAUUCAUAAAAUUAGCUCAAAACACGAUCGUUACACUACAGCAUCCAAGCUGAAUUUAAGCUUAAUGCUUCCGACAUUCAUUACACGCAUCACCUUUGCGAAGAUGUCAGGUUCAGUUUUUGGACUCUUUUUGAUACGCAGCUAAUGAAUUUAAUUCGAAAAUGUGUUUUAGUGUUUAUUCUAGACUUUUAAUAUAAGAAUUUUAAAAGCCUAUUUGCAGUCAAUAAGUUUACUGCGAAGAGGGUCACUGAGGUAUCGUUUUUUGAAGUGACAACUUCAAGAAGUGGCGCUGUGGUCAGUGGAUUUCAUAAUAUUGCGUUUGGCCAGGGUGGUAAGCCAAUUUCCUGCUCAGUAUUUCGGUAAGAUUCCUGGUUUCAACCUUUGAAAGCUUACUCGGGUUUCGGGAGUUUUUCCCCGGCCGGUUGGUCGGCCAUUUUUUUAAGCGGGCGCCGGAACGUGAAGUAGAAUUACGUCACGUCCAUUCAAGAAGUUUGAUUGGUCAGUUCUAUUUUCUUCUCGUUCCAAAUAUGGUACUUUCGAAAAUGAAUAGUCACGAGCAUCGGACAAAGCAAACAUAUGAGAGUUACACUUUUCAACUCAUUAUCAGUUUCUGGCAUUAGUCAAUAGUAGCAGUGCCUGUUCUCCAGGCAAUUAAUUGUGAGGUAUUUUAAUCCACUGGUAGGGUAUUUGAAUCUAGACUAAUUUUACCACUGUGCUUGCUUAAGGUAUGCUCUUUAAAAGCUAAUAUUGUGCUGUUCGUAUAAAAAAAACUUUGUCCGCAGUAACUUAAUUCCAAAAGAUACCAAAGAUUUUCUUAACAUUCUUCCUGUCUUGAGUAGGCCUUUAUACACUCAAUAAUUAAUCCCAGUCAGUAAAAAAUUCAUCUACUACUAGGAAACCAACCAAACUUUCUUUCUUUUACCUACUAGAGCUGAAAUAUGGAUUAUCAUGAAAAAGAGCGCUCUAUUAUCUAUCAUAGAUGGUGUUUCGUUUACGGCGGGCAGUGCAGGAACGUUCCUUUCAGUUUUCGCCAUCAUUUUAACAGGCCACUUCAUUUCGACGCCCACAGCUUUUAUGCUGCUUUCCUUUAUGUUUGCUCUAGAAAAGAUGGCGUUAAUUAGACUAUCAACUUCUCUUCCUUUAUUACUUGAGUUGCCUUCUACCCUCCAGAGGAUCGAGCGCUUUCUUUUAAUGAAAGAAAUUCCCUUCAGACAACUCGAGUACUGUCAGAGUUCGUUUAGGCGAGAGAGUCGUUUUGCAUUGGCGUCGCCGAUUGUGUCUUCCCUAGACAAUCAUCGGACUGUUAAAAUUGUUAGCUCUGAAAACAAGGAUGAGAAAAUAGAUUUCACUUUAUCAGUUUCUGGUCUAACGUGCAAAGUGAAUAGUCUUGAUGAAAAGUUUCUUCUUCAAGAUGUAAGUUUUGAUGCGACCAAAAACAGCCUCACCGUGAUCACUGGUCAAGUAGGCAGUGGAAAGUCAACUCUUUUGGCCACAAUCGCGGGAGAGGUAAUAAUAACAAGUGGUAGCGUGGUCUGUCCUGGUACUUUAGCUUAUGUGCCACAAUCGGCGUGGGUUUUCUCUGGGACCGUCAGGGAAAACGUCCUCUUUGGUGAGCCUUACAAUGAAGAGUGGUAUACUAAAGUUUUAGAGGCAUGUGCGCUAACUGAAGACAUCAACAGAUUUCCCAGUGGCGACAGUACCUUUGUCGGAGAACAUGGUAUCGUGUUGAGUGGAGGUCAGCUUGCCCGUGUCAAUCUGGCACGAGCUGUGUACGCAGAUGCAGACGUUUAUUUACUGGAUGAUCCUUUAAGUGCCGUGGAUGUUAGAGUAGGUGAACACAUAUUUGAACAGUGUAUCUGCAAGCUUCUACGAGACAAAAGUAAAGUAUUGGUAACACACGAACAGAAGUACAUGGUGGCAGCUGAUCAAGUUUUGGUCCUUGACAACGGGUCAGUAUUAAAGAAUGGCAGUUUUAGUGAACUUUCAGAUGCGGAGAAAAUUUUAUUUACUAUCAAAGAUGCAUCAGUCGCCGCAAAAGAAGCAAGAGAUGAAAGUGGCACGUCUCGAAUGCGUUUCAUAGGCGUCCGUGAUGGAUCUGACGAAACUUUGGAGAUCUCAGAAGAAGAAAGAGCCACCGGAAGAGUCUCUCCUGCUUUGUACUGGAAUUACAUUCGAACUGGAUUACCUUCAUUGGGCGUGAUUCUUUUGAUUUUACUUUGUCUGGUGAUCCAAGGUGAGUAAGCGUUUUUGUGGUGUGAGUGCAUGCAUGAUUAUUGCAUAAAUUAUGAAAUAAUCACGCACACUUGCGACCAUAUAAUAGCGGGGUUAGGCGUUAUAAGUACUUCAUAUAUGGGUGUAAUGCUCGUUUCAGUUUGGUUGUUGGGACACGUUCCAUGAAGUGAUUUUUUGGGUGUUAAGGUAGAAUGUGUAAUCAGUCAAUCUUUGAUCCCUCUCUUUCUAAAGGAGCGAAAAUUACCAUAUUUAAUUCUUGUGCAUGGGUGGCGUAAGUUUACGACCGAGUGUAUUUGAGAACGAAAUGGUGGCGAAAAAUUCGUUGCAAUUAAGUUUUCUAAAAACUCCAAUGAUGCAGGACUAAGAGCUGUCUUUUUACGGUGGGUCGAUGGUUCAUAAACCGCGGCAGUGUUAGCUCAGUCGGUAGAGCGUGUUGACUCCAGAGCGGGAGGUCGCAGGUUCGAUUCCUGGGGCCGGACCAAUACUCAGGGUCUUAAAAUAACCGAGAAAUGAAGGUACUCCCUUUGCAGUGAAACAGGCUAGACCUCCGAGUGGCUCGGAUGACCACGUAAAAUGGCGGUCCCGUCUCCAGUUGGAGACGUAAAAUAUAGUGUCCCCAAUUAGUACUUUUGUGCUAAAUACAUUGACACUCAAAUAAAAGUGCGUUUUUUUUCAUAAGUUUCCAUGUGUACUACCUUUUUUUAAAGAUGUGUACCUGCGAUGAAAUGGAACAACACUCUUAAAAGCUGUAACUCCCGCUUGCUUGGAGAUUAGAUAUGAAAUGAGGAGGGGAUAGCCUGAAUUUCAUCCGAUUACUUCGAGUCGUUAUUACUCCCUUAGUAACGUCUGAAUGGACCGGCCGUUAAUGCCGUCCAGUGGCGUCACUACUCCUUUGCUUUAAUUCAUGCAAAGAGUAAAACCCGAUUUUCAAGUGGCAAACCGAGAAAUAUCGUUUGGGAAUGUCUGCAUGAUACAGAAUUGCUUUACGUUUUUCGAUCGUAAUUCAUAUUUAACGUUUAAACUAACAACUGCAUGCAGUACAGCUCUGAACCGGUUGUAAUUCCAUAAUCACAGUCCGUCGCAACCACGCGAUGAAAUAAAUACACACACGGAACACUUGAUUCAAAAACACAACGGAUUGCUUUAAUUGAUAAGAAGCUAUCAUAUCUGGUCCUCAACGAAGAAACAAACAAGGAAACAAGAAAGAAAAGCUUUGACGGUGAAAAUAGCAAGAAGGUCGAAUUAUAACAUUGAUCUCAGAAAACUUCGCAUAAACAAAAUCACUGCCGAAACCACUAAGCGGCUCUAAAUGGAAAACCUACCGACUCUCCGCAGUGAUUCUUCAUUCAGUUCAAUUUAGCAUUUCAGUUUCGAAGACAAGGGCAAUUUUGCUGUUUACUAUAAAGAUUAUCGAAAUGUUUGAACUCCACGCAAGCAUGCCAGUGAUGCGAUCCGCUGAAUAUCAAGUGACAAUCCCCCUAAAAUUUCUCAUAAUUAUACAUAAUUAUGUGAAUGUGUAGACAAUCAGCCAAUCAAAAUCACUACCCGGUUUUGGGGUAGUAGUGACGUCACUGGACGGCAUUAACGGCCGGUCGAUUCAGACGUUACUGAGGGAGUAAUAACGACUCGAAGUAAUCGGUUGAAAUUCAGGCUAAGGAGGGGAUUAAUUCUACACAAAACAGGAUUUCCUCGCUAAAAGGUUUUCAUUUCCUACUCAUAUCGACGAUCGAGUUUUCUUCAGGAUAUUUACUUUUUACAGCGUAUUUGACGAUUUGUUUCUGAAUUGAUUGAGUAGGUAUGUAUGAAUACAUGAAAAUCAAGGGCCUCGAUUCGAGAGAAAUUACAUCACUGCCAGACAGCAAAAACGUGAUAAACAUGACGUUUCUUUUCAAUCAUUGCCAAAAAUAAACCGCAUGCCCAUCACAAGACUCAUUUGCAUGCAAUGAAAGUUUGUACCACACGAUGCCCGACCUGUUAGCCUCACCAUCGAAGUUUUGCUCGUUAAAGUAUUCAUUCACUUUUUCCAAGGUAAUUAAUUCUUUCAGGCGAUAGAAUUCGUGGACCGACCCGUUUCGGAAAGCUCUACAUUUUUCUUAUUAAGCUUUCUUAAGUUUUCUUCACAAAACAUCAGCAUGGCACUGGUCACGCCGCGAUUCUUAUCACCCGUUUCCACUGUCUCUGUUAGGAACGCCUAGAACCAUAACUGUCCUUUUGGCGCGCACGCACGAAAAAAAAAAAAAAGAAAAGAAAAGAAACGCCUGCAAAUCUCGCUGCUAAAGCAAGUAGUUAAGAUUUUUGGCCACAAGUGGUGCCACUUACUAGAAAGACUCUUACCCUGUUUUCUGGGAGGAGCGCCACGCCUCUAAUUCAAAUUUCCGAAUCAUUAUUAGACUUUCUAUUUGAAAAUGUCAGCCUUGCAAAGUCGUUCUUUCCUUUCUUAGUUAACUUCCUUUUUUUUAUUCAGACCUUGGGAGUUGUGUGGGCGGGGGCAGAAGCAGACUGCUUUACUUUAUCCCUGCAACUUUGUGUGGUCCUGAGGAAGGGGACAAUAACUCGCUGUCUAGGGAAAAAGUAGAGUCAUGGGUAUGUUUGCCACUGCAAAUUUAAAGUGAACUGGCCGCUGUUGAGGGUAUCGAUUUGAGCAUUUAAGUCGGGGAUAGGGUAUAUAAAACAGUGAGUCACGUUUUUUUUUCUUUCUGCUUAAUUUCUUUCGUUUCCAUUGCAGGUGUUAUGUUAUUGCCAGAAAUCUGGUUAUAUUUUUUGACGCGGAUGUCCUGGAAAAACCAACAAGACAAAACAACACUACAGAUUUACGCCAGUCUCGUGGCCGCUUCCUUCUUUUCCGGUAUGAUACGCGCUGGUCUUGUGUACAAUGCAUUACUCAGGUCAGCCAGAAAACUGCACGAUAAAAUGGUCUCAUGUCUCCUUCGGGCACCAGUUCUAUUUUUCGAUACAAAUCCUGCUGGACGAAUACUCAAUAGGUGCUCCAAAGACAUCGGCUAUAUAGACGAACUUCUACCCAAAAUGUUUUUACAUGUCACCGGAUGUUCGUUGGUCCUCCUUGCCUCAAUAUUGCUGCCUUCGUUCUUGAACUUGUGGCUCUGUCUGGUUACCAUUCCAUUUAUAGCUGCUUGCCUCUACCUCACACGGUAUUACUUGAAUACAUCACGAGAGCUCAAGAGACUGGAGUCAAUCUGCCGCAGUCCUGUUUUCUCGCACUUCUCGGAGACCGUGGCCGGUUUAAGCACGAUUCGAACCCGAAAAAAGGAAAGAGAUUUUAUAGAGCAGUUUUACCGGUAAGUAUUUUUCAGCUGCUCUUACAUUUCUUGUAAUUCAAACGCGUGACGCAAUGACAGGCAGCUUUUGGAAAUGCAAAAUUCGACAAAAUUUACUGAAAUAUUUAACACUAUUGAACACUAUAUCAUAAUUUUUGAGUAAUCAGAUGUUGUUUUGUGUGGUUUGAAGCUGCUGUUCUUUACUUACCGUUGUCACUGAAAAUCAUACACUAAAACGAAUACUGAACAAGUGAAGAAAUUCCAGCAAGCAACCCAGACUGAGAGAGGGCGUUGGUGGUGGGUAGGGGACUUUCUCCCUAUAAUAGUGAACUUACGCAAAACGACGGAGAGGAAAGAAGACGGCAACCUUGUGUGGCAAGCGUGACAAUAUUUUUGUUUGAAAGAACUUCACCUUUCUUUUAACAGAUCUUUUUGUAAAAGACCAGGAAACAUCAAUGUUAACGGAAGAUCACGACAAAACACGCGAGUGAUAGCCCUGUCACGUUUGUCACGCACAAGCGUUUUGCCGUCCUGUUGCGUAAACUCACUAAAGGCCUAUUUACGGGAAGGCUCGGCCCGAAAGGGGCAUCUUUUUUGAUACAGGCUUCAGGUAUAGACAACAGUAAGGAUUUCACUAGCUGAAGCAUAUAAAAAAGGUACGAAACUCUAACAUUUUGGUCUGUAAAUGGACUUAAAGAGCUAUCAAAUAUCUUCAGCAAAUGCAUCUUAUGGAAACUAAAAAGACAAGUCUAGAAAAUUUCAUUCAUAUUAAGAAGACAGUACACUUAACAGAAGUUUUGAAAAGAGAAAGUAUUUUAAACUAGAUAUGUGAAAAGCGUACCAAAGUGGUAGAAGCUAAAGGGUAUGGGAUCGGACAUUUGGGCGAAUUUGAGAGCUUUUAAUUACCAAAAUUUUGCGAAAUUCCUGUCACAUUCACACGUUCCUGACAGAAACUGGGCAAAAUUUAGUUGUCAAUUUCGACGAACGCCUAGCUAUGCUUGCCUCCAGCAAGGUGAGAGAGGCAAGCGAACAAUAUAUCAACAAAUCACAAAAGACUGGGAGGUGUACGGUGAAUGAACAUUAUUUCUUUAAUCAGUAGCACUAGUGCGUUUCGAUUUUUGAUUUUGCGAAAUCACUAAAAACCAACUGCCAAACCAUGAGCGAUGAUCUGUUACGUUAAUAUACAUAUAUCGCUAUAAUUAAUAAAUUUUUGUAUUUGCCGGCACUGAAAAAUUUUUUUUUUUCCUCUAGACAUCAAGACCUGCAUAACCAAUCGUUUUAUAUGGUAUCAGCAUGUUCUAACUGGAUUGGAGUAAGAGCCGAUUGCCUGUUUAGCAUAUUAACAACUGCAGCAGCUUUUGGGUUUUCUUUUCUCUUCCAGUUUCAAGGUAAGGGCUAUAUCGCGCAACUCAGAGAAGAUAAAUUGUUACUCCAGUUUUACGACAGACUCUCGGCGCUGAGACAAGUGCGAUGAUACAGACCUUAUCUGAAUAGCAAUGACGGAUAGCUACACUUUGAUGCAGCCGCUUUCUCUCAUACUGUAUUAAUUGCGACUUUAAUUGCAACUCGCAGAAACUGUCAAUCCUGCCUGAUAUAUUAAUUAUCCUGAAAGAAAAUGCAUACAUUGCAUUGUAAACUGAUCGUUAGCCGAGUUAAAAAUUUAGUUAAAAUCUUUUAAAGCGUUACAUUCGUUAAGGUCAGAGACUGAUCCGUCAGAAUGUCCUAAUGCAUUCUAGGGCGGCUACCUCAAACGUAUGCAAUAUAAUUUGUCCUUUAAUGAUGUUUUUUUUUUCCAAAUUCACUUGCAGCAUUUACUGGUCUUGUCCUGGCGUACGCCAUCAACACUGCAAAGGUGUGCCAAUUUGCUGUGCGGCAAUUUGCAGACCUUGAGGACGCAAUGACGUCUGUCGAGCGAGUCAUGGCUUACGCCAAUCUCAAGCCUGAGCCAGGCUACAACAUCAAAACACUUCCGCCCGUCAACUGGCCAGACGCUGGCAGCCUGAGUUUUAGAGAUGUUUCUUUGAGGUAUUACCCAGGUGGUCCACAAGUUUUGAAACAUUUAACUUUUGACAUUCGAGAGAAACUGAAGUUAGGAAUUGUUGGUCGCACAGGAGAUGGAAAAUCGUCAAUUGUGGCAGCUCUUUUACGCAUGCCUGAGGCUGACGGAGAGAUAUUCAUCGAAGGCGUCUCUAUAAAAAGCAUUCAACUGCAGGAGUCGCGAAAAUGUGUUUCAGUGCUCAGCCAAUCACCUGUCCUCUUAAGUGGAACAAUAAGAAAAAAUCUUGAUCCUCUGGAGAAACACAGAGAUGACGAACUAUGGAACGCCCUUGAAGUAGUAACAAUAAAAAAAUUGGUUAAAAACCUGGAAGGGCAACUUGACUACGAGCUUUUGGAGAGAGGCGAGAACCUGAGUGUAGGUGAACGCCAGUUAAUCUGCUUAGCUCGCACGCUACUACAGCAGAGUAAAUCGUCAUCUUAG